AUGCUCGUGGAGCUGCUCUCGGUCGUGCUGCUCCCCGACGCGAUGAGCGUAGUGGUGUCGCUGGCACCGGUCAUAAUUCUCAUGCUCGUGGUGCUGCUUUCGGUCGUGCUCUCCGACGUGCUGGUGGCGUUGUCGGCACCGGUCGCGCUCGCCCCGCCCGCGGCGCUGCUCCCGGUCGCGCUGCUCGCCGACCUGCUGGGCGCAGCGGUGCUGCUAGCAUCGGUCGCGCUCGUCAUUUCCGCGGUGCCGCUCUCGGUCGUCUUGCUCGCCGACGCGCUGUGCUUGGUGGUGCUGCUGGUAGCGGUCGCGCUCGUCACAUUGCUGGCGCUGCUCUUGGUCGCACUGCGCGCCGACGUGCUGGGCGUAGUGGUGCUGCUGGUGCCGGUCGUGCUCAUCGUACUUGUGGUGCUUCUCUCGGUCGCUCUGUUCGCCGGCGUGCUGGGCGUGGUGGUUGUGAUGGCACCGGCCGCGCUCGCCACCCUCGUGGUGGUGUUUUCAGUCGAACCGCUCGCCGAUGUGCUGGGCGUCGUGGUGCUGCCGGUACCAGUCGCGCUCGUCACGUCUGUGGCAAUGCUCUCGGUUGUGCUGCUCGCCGACAUGCUAGGCGUAGUAGUGCCGCUGGUAUCGGUCGCGCUCGUCACAUCCGUUGUGCUGCUCUUGGUCGUACUACCCGCUGACAUGCUGGGCGCAGUGGUGCUGGUGGUAGAAGCCGCGCUCGCCACACUGGCGGUGCUGCUCUUGGUCGUCUUGCUCGCCGACGUGCCGGGCGUAGCGCCGCUGGUGCCGGUCGUGCUCGUCAUUCACGUGGUGCUGAUCUCAGGGCCCUCCGAUGUGCUGGGCGUAAUGGUGAUGCUGGCUG